GGUUUGUGGAGAUCUUUCAGCGCCAUGAUCAGCCCUGGGUAAACACUGCUGUAAGGCGUAUUAACACUGAGCUGAACAGGAUGCUCCAGACACCGGCAAAGUGUCACACGGGUGUUGUUCCAGAUGAUGCUAUUGAGGGAGAUGGAGAAGAAUACGGGCGAGCUGAUGGGUCGUACGCGCAGUUUCGUGCAGCUGGUUUGGCAGACCUGUAGGGAUGAUGCGGCCCCACUCCUCAAGAACGGCUGCCGUUCUUUCACCAAAAUGUUCUUCGGCCUGACUGCGAACAAAACAAAAGAUGUAAACGUGCCCUUUACGAUGGCCCACAGCUUCUGUGGAACGUCAACGAUGGCAAGUGCUCACUACAUCCAAAUGUUGAAGAGCAAAAAGUUGGAGGGCUUCGAUUGGGGUCCCAAGGAGAAUAUUCGUAGGUACGGCUCGGAGAAGCCGCCCGAACACCAGCUGCAGAAUAUCACUUUGCCAAUAGCAUCGUUCGUCGGCCGUAAUGACAGAUACGUCUCAAUUGAGGCCACGCAGCUGCUGAGCCGUAAGAGUUCGCGCAACCUCGGCGUCUUCGUCAUGCCGCCGGAAGACUGGGACCUCUUCGACUACGUCGCGAACACGCAGGCGCCGCGACUCAUCUACGACCGCAUACUGGGCAUAAUGGCCGGCUUGUGA